AUGGCAUCCGUGCUCGGGAACAGCAGCCGUGCGUCCGGGGCUCAGGGCGGCCAGGUGAAAUGCAAGCUGAAGAGGAGGAGGAGGAGGCGAUCCAAGAGAAAAGAGAAAGUCAGUAUGCUGUCAGCAUUGAUCGCUCCCUUCAAGUACAUAAGCCCUGGGACCAGCAGCACAGAGGACGAGGACAGUUUAAGUACCAGCAGUGCAGAGGUAAAAGAGAACCGUAACAUCGGUAACUUAGAGGAUCGCACCGUGGGAUCUGCAGAGUGCCAGUCGCUUUUCUGCUCCGACUCCACAAGAAGUGGCAGCGGCUCUGGUCUGAAGAGGAAACGGCCGCUGGAGGAAGACAACAAUGGCCACUUUUGUCAUCUCCGUCUCAUCUAUAAGAAACUGUCCUGGUCUGAGGCUCCAAAGAACGCUCUGGUGCAGCUGAACGAGCUGCGGCCGGGCCUGCAGUACCGCAUGGUGUCGCAGACAGGCCCUGUGCACGCUCCGGUCUUCUCCAUCGCCGUGGAGGUGAACGGGCUGACCUUCGAGGGCACGGGCCCCACCAAGAAGAAAGCCAAGAUGAGGGCUGCCGAGUUGGCCCUCAAGUCCUUCAUCCAGUUCCCCAACGCUCCUCAGGCUCACCUCGCCAUGGGAAACAUCUCCAACCCUUCGGCCGACUUCACUUCAGACCAGGCAGACAUCCCUGACACGCUUUUCAAGGAAUUUGAGUCCUCGCCUUGCUCUGAUGGCCUCUCGCUCUGCAACUCAGACGCUGAGAGCGAGCUGCUAUCCAGCGAGCUUCUGAGACAUGGACGGUUGCUUCGCCACACCUUGGACCUGAUGGUGCAGGCGCAGCAGAGGCUGGGCGGGAUUGUUCCGGAGCCUGAGGCCCCCAAGAGUCCUGUGGCUUUGUUAAAUGAGCUCCGGCCGGGCCUGCGCUACGCCUGCCUUUCGGAGCGAGCCGAAGGCCGACGGCUGCAUAGCUUUGUGAUGGCGGUGCGCGUGGAUGGGCGGAUAUUUGAGGGCUGCGGUCGCAGCAAGAAGCUGGCCAAGACCCAGGCGGCCCAGUGUGCUCUUCAGGCCCUCUUCAACAUCAGGACGGCCCCUGAGGGGAGAACAGGCCUCAAAGCCAGCAGGAAGACUUGUCCUCAUUUACCCCAGGACUUUGCCGAUUCAAUAUUCCACUUGGUGAGGGAGAAGUACCGGUCGCUGGUGGGCGGCUGCAGUCCUGCGCACGCACGACACAAAUCCCUGGCAGGCAUCGUAAUGACCCAAGGACUGGACCUGAGGCACGCCCAGGUGGUGGCCUUGUCCACGGGCACCAAGUGCAUCAACGGCGAGUAUCUGAGUGACCAGGGCCAGGUGGUCAAUGACUGUCACGCCGAAGUCACGGCCCGAAGAGCGCUGCUACGCUUCCUCUACUCUCAACUUGAACUCUUCUUGAGUAAAAGGCCAGAGGACUGGGAGGAGUCGAUAUUCGUGCGGCACAAGGAGUGCGGCUUCAGGUUGAGAGACGACGUCCACUUCCACAUGUACAUCAGCACGUCACCGUGUGGCGACGGGAGACUCAACUCGCCCUAUGAAAUCUCCACUGACUUACACAGCAGCAGACACCUGAUGAGGAAGCACCGGAACCACCUGCGGACCAAGAUCGAGUCCGGGGAGGGGACGGUGCCGGUGCGAUGCCGGGGGCCGGUGCAGACGUGGGACGGCGUCUUACAGGGCGAGCAGCUCAUCACCAUGUCCUGCACCGACAAGAUCACCAGAUGGAACGUCCUGGGUCUGCAGGGGGCGCUGCUGAGUCACUUCCUGGAGCCCGUGUACCUGCAGAGCGUGACGGUGGGCAGCCUGCGCCACACGGGCCACCUGGGCAGAGUGGUGAACCAGCGGGUGGAGCGCCUGGGCCCCCUGCCCGCCACGUACAGACGCAACCAGCCGCUGCUCAGUGGGCUGAGCAGCGCCGAGUACCAGCAGCCGGGGAAGGCCUCGUGCCUGAGCGUCAACUGGACGCUGGGCGACACACAGCUGGAGGUGGUCAGCACGGCCACGGGACGGAGACGGGAGUCAGGGACACCCUCGCGUCUCUGCAAGCACGCCCUGUUCACACGCUGGAGCCGGCUGUACCGCAAGUUGGGGAUCCACGUGUCCGGCUCGGCGGACGACCAGCUCCUGUACUGCGAGGCCAAGAUGGCGGCGCGCCCCUAUCAGACAGUGAAGCAGCAGUGGUUCAGAUCUCUGCAGGAAACGGGCCUCGGCACCUGGGUGAAGAAACCGCCCGAGCAGGAACAGUUCCUGCUGGCGGUCUGA